CCUCCAUCCAUGGCCCCCCCAGUUCCCCAGGGCUGCCGCGCCCGCGGCCGAGGAGGACGGAGCCCUCGGUACUGACUGUCCCGAAACUUAAGAGCCAUGCGCUCCGGGAGCGCGGAGCCGGCCCCUGUGGCUUCCCCUCCCGGCCUCCGAGGAGCCGGCUUGGGGCAGCCGCCCCGAGGGCUCGGAAGCACGGGCCCUUCUGCUGCAGUGAGAGCGACCGGCUCGAACAGGGGUCUGGGACACGGGGUCAGGACCUGUUUCCGGUCCUGGGGACUUGAGAGUUGGCCGGUGUUAGGGAACCUCAGCCGGGACCUGCCGCAGCCUCGGGGCUGCUUCGGAACGGGCUGGGGGACGCGGCACAACCGCGUGUUUCCGGUUUCCUCAGCAGCUCUGUUUUCUUUCCCCUCGUCGGCCUUAUCGUGGGGCGCUCCCCGUCACCCUACCCGUUGAGCCCCUUGGGGUUCGUCUUCAGUGUCCGUAACCGUGACACUCGGCACCUGCCCUAAGUUUCUGUCCACCUAUUCCGUGCGUGGAGGAAGAAACAAGAUUCCCGAGCUGUCUUCCUCCUCGAUGCUUCCCAGACAACACAGUGACACUCAAUUCUUAGGGCUCUCGCAGGAUCAAGGUGAAAAGGAGAACCCCAUGCGGGAACUUCGCAUCCGCAAGCUCUGCCUCAACAUCUGUGUCGGGGAGAGUGGAGACAGACUGACCCGGGCGGCCAAGGUCCUGGAGCAGCUCACAGGCCAGACCCCUGUGUUCUCCAAAGCCAGAUACACCGUCAGAUCCUUUGGCAUCAGAAGAAAUGAAAAGAUUGCCGUCCACUGCACAGUCCGUGGGGCCAAGGCAGAAGAAAUCUUGGAGAGAGGUCUAAAGGUGCGAGAAUACGAAUUACGAAAGAAUAACUUCUCAGAUACUGGAAACUUUGGUUUUGGGAUCCAGGAACACAUCGAUCUGGGGAUCAAAUAUGACCCAAGCAUUGGUAUCUACGGCCUGGACUUCUAUGUGGUGCUGGGUAGGCCAGGUUUCAGCAUCGCAGACAAGAAACGCAGGACAGGCUGCAUUGGGGCCAAACACAGAAUCAGCAAAGAGGAGGCCAUGCGCUGGUUCCAGCAGAAGUAUGAUGGGAUCAUCCUUCCUGGCAAAUAAAUUCCCGUUUCUAUCCAAAAGGCCAAUAAAAUAUUUUCAGUGAAAUGUACUUUACUGUGUGUGUUCUGUGAAAGGAGCCUGGCCAUAUUCAAGUCCUUGGACCUCAAGCCAUUAAAGCUUCGAUGGGAAUAGCUGGUAACAACCCUGUCUUCCUCUGAGUGGAUGCAAUGUUUUCUGGCAGAUCUAAGCCUGAGCUUCACAGCAUUGCCUGUGCCUGCCACACCCUUGUUAGGCUGUGGUGCAGUAGUCACUGGAAACUGGUUUUGGAGGGGAAGGUGUGAUUGGGGCUGGGACUAGAGCCUUGAUUAAAGGUGGGGUGCAGUGAUCCCGUGUUCCAGGAGGCUCCCCUUUACUCAGGGUUCUGCUCUUCAUUAGAGAUUUCAUUAGCACUGGUGCCUGGUGAAGGGCUCACAGGCUUUGGUGUGAUGCUUGGGAUUAAGUUUUGGUUUAACUGUUCAGUCUCAGUUUUCCUUUAAAAUGAGCCUGUAAGGUUGUUGAGAGGCAGUAUAAGUAGAGAAGAGGGUGGUCUUUGAGGCAAAUUGCCUGGAUUCGAUUCCCACCGUCUUAGAUGUGUUAACCUUAAGCAAGUUAAUCUCUGCCUCAGAUUUCUCAUCUGUAUCAUGGAAGCAAUAAUAGUAAAUGCCCCGCAGAGGGUUAAAACUUAUAGAAUGUCUAGACUUGUACCAGGUACAUGGUGCUCAAAAAGGGUUAAUUUUGUGUUUUGGUAUAUGACAAAUGUUUCUCUUAACCAGUUUGACCCCCUUUCGGUGUGAAAGUGGAACUUUCUUCUUUGUCUAUUUCCAGGUCAUUGAAGCAGUGACAUUCAAAGGCCACCAUUUCUCUGACCAUAAAUACAGUAUUUGGCCAGUGGUUCAUAGUUUUCACUCUUGGGUUUACAUUUUGAGCACGUUAAUUCAGUUCAAUAACUGUCUUGUGACUAACGAGUUCAGUUGUCCUUGGCCCACCUUUUCGUUGCUGUUCAUGGUGCUGUAAUUUGUUAGCUGUCUUCGUAGGUAUUUUAAAACCCAGAGAUUAUUUGGUGUGCCUAAUUUUUAUGGGAAUGUGACUUAUUUUGUCUUCUGAUAAUAAAGUCUUCUUAUUAAGAUCAGAUCCAGUUGGUUAAAGGGGAGUGUCAUGAAAUGUGUUGUCAUAUACUUUUUAUUUCACUUAAAAUAUCAAUGUGCACUCACUUCUUAAUCUCUUAGUGUAGGGCCAGGGCUGUCACCUUGUAAAAACAGAAUGAGAACAUGUGAAGGAAUCUUGAUUCUUGUGAUUUAGUUUCAUUUUUAUAGGGGGAACCUCACUCAUUUUAACAUCUUGUAACUACAGUAACAACUACAACUGGAAUAAAUAUUUUCAGAACACACUAACUCUUGCUGAAUAUCUAGCUAACGUGUUGAGUACUAGCUGCUGUGGGAAGUCAGCAUAUUGUACAGAGGAGAUGGAGAGCAUUUGUUGGUUUUAUCUAAAAGCAUUUCAGAAAUAAUGUAGACAGCGGAAGUCCCUCUAAUGCUACUGCCGCCCUUGUGCACUUGACUGUUAGCCAUUUGCUGUGUAUCUGUAUGUUCUAAUGUUUGUAUUAUUAUUUAAUUUUAACAGUAUAAACCUGCCUACCCUUCA